UUCCACUAGAGUGACAAACAAUGAGUUAAUUGAAUUUUAUCUAAAAAAAAAAGAAAAAUCUUCCUCUAUCCUAAAUUUUUUAAUGCCGGUUCAAAAAUGUCUUUAAUUUCCAAUAAAGAAAAUGAUCAUUAAUUAUUUAUGAAAUUUCGGACAUAAUGUAGUGAAAAUUGUUGUGUAGUGUCUUCUUUUUUUUAAAUUGUGUUGUAUUGAUAUAUUUUGAGGUUAUAAUAGUGAAAGGAUUUUAAUUCAAGAUUUUUGAAACAAAAAAAAAAAAACUGUUUUGAAACAAGGAUUUGAAAGGAGCUUGGAUUUUUAAUUUUGUUGAUCAUCCCCUUGUGGGAUUAAAUAAUUCCCUGCUUCCCUCCUCUCACCAUUUUAGAUGGAAGAGAAUUCAGAAGUAGGAUUGGAUCGCUAUAAGCGUCCUUUGCGUUCAAUCAACAAUCAUCAACCGGCUUAUGUCAGAUUUUGCAACACCACCCAUCGGCAUGUGCGCAUUUAUUGGCUUGAUUUUAAGGGGAAUACUGUUCGAUUUUCAGAUCUUUCAUCAUACGCACAAUGGAUUGAUGUUAAUACAUUUGUUACACAUCCUUGGAUAUUUUAUGAUGAGGAAACUGGAGAGAGAUUGCACGCAAAUUGCCAAGAUGUAUUUUAUCCCGAAUAUCGAGCAAUGAUUGCAAAUAGAAUUCAAAGGGUUAAUGUUGCAAUAACAUUACCCGUAUUUAGUUUAAAGAAACUUUGUUUACGAAUAAUAAAAAAGCAAUUAACAAAAGAUCAUGAUGCAUUUCUUUUGGAAAUACCACGAAGUCUUCAAUAUGAAUUAGCAAUAAUGCAUCCACGUUUAGGAUUUUAAAUUUUUCUCUUUUAAUUUUUAUAAACAGACUGGUGAAACAUCAUCCAGACAUCGAAGUGGACAUUCUUCGAUCAUGAAAAAAUGAUUAAAAAAAUAGUAUUUUAAUUAAAAAAAAAAAAGAUUUUAGAAUGAAAAUUGAGAGGAUUUUUUAAUGAAAUUUUCCAAUUUUAAUUUUAUUAAAUAGAAUUUUUAUUGUAAAAUUGAAGCUGCACAUUAUUAUAAAGAAUUUUUUCUUUUCAAAAAUAGUUUAUUUACAAAAUGAAAGAGGGUUUUUGUUUAUAAUUAAAAUGAAUGUUCUUUAUGUGAAGUUUUGCCUUGCUUUUCUUAAUAAUUUUGAGAAUCUUGUUUUUGCUACAAGAGUUUUCCUGUCGCCGGUAUAAGGUAUUGUUUUUAGAAGCAUCCUCGAUGUAGAGAAAAAAGGAGAAUGAAACGAAAUAGGAAGCAACAGACGAAAGGGAACAAAAGAAAGUAUAGAAAAUGGUAAAGAAAAAAAAAGAAAGGAAAGGAAAAAGAGUGGUAUAGCAGAAUCAAUAUUAGUAUUUGUUUGAACACGACGCGUCUCCAAUUCCGAUAUAUACCAAAGACACAGAUUGAACUAGCUUUCGGCAUAGUCUCGCAAUAUUCUUCUGCACUAUAUGCAACUAUACGCCAAUACUAACCAUAAAACUUUAUAUUACACUGAAAAAAAAAAAAAUUUAUUUCAUUUAAAUAGUCAGUUACUUUACUAUUAUCAAAUAUUUACUUGAACCAAAUAAUUUUAUGUUUUAAUUAAAUAAACUCUAUUUGAACCAAUCAUUUUUUUAUUUAUGAUUAAAUAAAAAAAAAUAUGAUAAUUUUCAUUAAAAUCACCAUUAUUUUAAUGAUAUUUUCCACACAAAAGCUUCUUCUUUUUCUUCUAUAAUAGCAUUACGUCAACAGCUUUUUUUUCCAUUUUCUGCAGUUUUCUUUUGGACGAUCGUUUCGAUAUGGCCAUACCAAUUUUCUUAUAAAUUCCUUAACCUGCCUGAAAAGGUAGCUUUAACCCUCUAGAGGCUAUAAAUUUUAAAAAGGUUCUAUAGUCUCUAUAUAAUAUUCUUAUCCAAAUAUAAUAGACAUUGUUGAGAAUUAAAUAUUGAAAAUAUUAUUUUUUUGCUUUACUAAAAAUUAUUUCUAACUUGAAAAAAAAUCAUUAAUUUUACUAAAUAAGGUUUUAUAAAAGAUGCGUAUUUUUUUUAUAAUUCUACGCUAAAUUUUAUUUUGAUGCCACCUAUAUGUAAAACUAUGUAUAUAUAGGACGUUUACAUUACUUAACAAACUGAAUGAGAAUCUAGAUAGCCCAGCACACAAUUAGUUACACUUCUUCACGCCUGGAAUUACAUUCUAUCGAUUAACUAAUUAGACUGUCAGGUACAGAGUUCUGGAAACAAUUUAUCGUAUUCUCAAUUAAAUUGUCUUUAAAAAAAAAAAUGUGUGUAAAAGUUUCCUUGAAUUCUAAAUUAAUUAUAUUUGCAAUUUCGAAAUAUUAAUUUCAAGAGAAAUAAAAUGAACGAAUGCAAAGAAAGAUUUUCAAAAUUAAAAAUGGGGCACUUUAUUGCAGGUUUAUUAGAUUUCAUUUUGGUUCAUAGAAUCAUAAAAAUAUCAUCGAAUUUUUGCAAAGAAGAACUUUCUAGAAACCGUGUUCUGCGAGCUAUUUCGCGAAUUUCGUGUUUUGAAAUCGCGAAAUCCGUGUCUUAGUUUCGCGAAUUUCAUAAUCUAAUUUCGCGUAAUUCGUAAUUUAGUUUCAAAAAUUUUACGACCUAAUCUCGCGUAACCUGUGAACUAAUUUUGCGAAUUUCGUGACCUAGUUUUGCAAAAUUCGUGAUCUAGUUUAUCGAAUUUCGUGAUCUAAUUUCGCGGAAUCCGUGACCUAGUUUGGCGAAUUUCAUGAUCUAGUUUCGCGUAAUCCCUGAUCUAAUUUCGCAGAAUCCCUGACCUACUUUCGAGAAUUUCGUGACUUUAUUUCGCGUAAUUUGUGAUUUAAAUUCGAGAAUUACACGACCUAGUUUCGCGUAAUUCGUUAUCUAGUUUUGCAAAUUACGUGAUCUAGUUUUCCGAAUUCCACGAGCUAAUUUCGCAAAAUUCGUGAUCUAAUUUCGCGGAAUCUACGACCUACUUUCGCGAAUAUUGUGAUCUCAUUCCACGAAUUGUGACCUAGUUUCGCGUAAUCCGUAAUAUAGUUUUGCAAAUUACGUGAUCUAGUUUUCCGAAUUCCAAGACCUAGUUUCGUAAAAUUCGUGAUCCAAUUUUACGGAAUCCGCGACCUACUUUCGCGAAUAUUGUGAUCUCAUUCCAUGAAUUGUGACCUGAUUUAGCGUAAUUCGUGAUCUAAUUUCGCGAAUUCCGGGACCUAAUUUAGCGUAAUCCGUGGGCUAGUUUCGCGAACUUCGAGACCUACUUUGGCGAAUUUCGCGUAAUCCGUGAUUUAAAUUUGAAAAUUCCACGACCUAGUUUCGCGUAAUCCGUAAUCUACUUUUGCGAAUUACGUGAUCUAGUUUCGCGAAUUCCACUACUUUAUUUUGCGUAAUCCGUGAUCUAAUUUCGCGAUUUCCAUGACCUAGUUUAGCAUAAUUCGUUAUCUAAUUUCGCGAAUUCCGUGACCCUAGUUUAGCGUAAUUCGUGAUCUAAUUUCGCGGAAUCCGUGACCUAGUUUGGCGAAUUUCGUGACCUAGUUUCGCGUAAUUCCUGAUCUAAUUUCGCAGAAUCCUUGACCUAGUUUCGUGAAUUUUGCGACCUUAUUUCGCGUAAUCCGUGAUUUAAAUUCGGGAAUUCCACGACCUAGUUUCGCGUAAUCCGUAAUCUAGUUUUGCGAAUUCCACGACCUUAUUUCGCCUAAUCUGUGAUCUAAUUUCGCAGAAUUCGUGACCUAAUUUCACGUAAUCCGUUAUCUAAUUUCGCGAAUUCCGUGACCUAGUUUAGCGUAAUUCGUGAUCUAAUUUCGCGAAUUCCGUGACCCUAGUUUAGCGUAAUUCGUGAUCUAAUUUCGCGGAAUCCGCGACCUAGUUUGGCGAAUUUCGUGACCUAAUUUCGCGUAAUUCCUGAUCUAAUUUCGCAGAAUUCUUGACCUAGUUUCGAGAAUUUCGCGACCUUAUUUCGCGUAAUCCGUGAUUUAAAUUCGGGAAUUCCACGACCUAGUUACGCGUAAUCCGUAAUCUAGUUUUACAAAUUACGUGAUCUAGUUUUGCGAAUUCCACGACCUUAUUUCGCGUAAUCUGUGAUCUUAUUUCACGGAAUUCGUGACCUAAUUUCACGUAAUCCGUUAUCUAAUUUUGCGAAUUUUGUGUUCUAGUUUUGCGUAAUCCCUGAUUUAAUUUCGCGGAAUCCCUGACCUACUUUCAAGAAUUUCACAUAUUCUGUGACCUAGUUUAGUGAUAGCCGUGAUCUAAUUUCACGCAAUCAGCGAUUUACUUUCGCGUAUUUUGUGAUCUACUUUCGCUAAAUCUCUGAUCUAGUUUCGCAAAUUCUGUGUUCUAGAUUCACGAAUCCGUAAUCUUAUUUGACCACUCAGAUUCGUGAAUAUACGUGAUCUAAUUUUUGGGAUCAUUAAUUACAUAUUUGAUUGCAGUUUUACAAAAUUUAAAAUAACGUAUCCAAUGUAAAAAAAAUUUUUUCUAAACGCAACAAGAUGGUUAUCCUUUGAUUUCAAGGGUUUUUUUUGUUACGUAUUUCGUUGUGGAA